AUGACUAAUGAGCUGAUCAAAAAGAGAGAAGAUCCCGGAGCGUUCACUAUUCCUUGCACCAUUGGCAUGCUCCAAUUUGCUAAAGCCCUAUGCGAUUUGGGAGAAAUCAUCAACCUAAUGCCAUAUGCAAUCUAUAAACAACUUGGGUUGGGUGAACUGAAAGCCACAACAAUGAGACUCUUGAUGAAGGACCGAUCAAUUAAACAUUUUGUAGGGAUACUAUAUGACAUCUUGGUAAAGGUUGACCGAUUCAUUUUCCCGGAUGAUUUUAUCAUUCUCGAUUGUGAAAUAGAUGCUGAAAUUCCCAUCAUUUUGGGAAGAUCAUUCUUGGCAACCGGGAGAGCAUUGGUUGAUGUUAAAAGCAGAGAACUGAAGUUCCGGGUGAACGAAGAUGAAGCAACCUUUAAUGUUUGUAAGUCAAUGAAACACCCAAGAGAUAUUCACGUGGUUUCCACUAUUGAUGUUAUUGAUAAGGCGGUGGCUAGUGUGAGCCAUUUGAUGUGUAUGAGUGAACCACUUGAAGCCGUGCUUUGCUAA